AAUCGGGCAUUGCCAUCUUUGCAUUGAGGGUCACUUGAAAUUACGCUUACAGUCCCUUUAAUUUAGUUUUUUUCAAUCAUGGUUCAUUGCAACUUUAUACUUCAUUUCUUUCCUUGAUAUAAAAUCUAAUACAUCAUCAAAAUCAAAAUUUAAUUGAUUUAUGUCGACAUGCAAGUCUCAUUCUUAGUGGGUAUCCCUGUAUCACUAGUUUUUACAAUAUUUAUAACUCUACCAACCAGAAGAGAUCUACUCAGUCAAAAAAAAUAUGAUUUAAAUUAAAAUUUCUUUUAUCUUAUUUUUUUAAAGAUUAAAACUCCAAAAUAAUAUUUAUGUUAUUGUAUUAAAUUUAUAUUUUCAAUAUAAAGUUGUUUUUAAUGUUGUUAAAUUUGUAUAUGUAUCUUUAGUAUCAAACGAAUGAAAAAUGUAUAUUUUAAGAAAAAUGUGAAUCGGCUGAAAAAUGCCCCAGUAUUAUGGAGGAGGAUAGCUGUUUGGAUCGAUCAGUUAGUGAGAUAGAGAGUAGUUUCUCAGAACAUUUUCUGCCAGGGGACCCUUUACUAAAUUUCAUACAAGGUGGUCCAAAGUUGCCAGAAGAUGUUCUCUCGGACCAUGAAAUUUGGUCCAAGGACGGACAUCAAAAAGUGGAAAUGUGUGGGGACGUUUUUACCGUGACAACCUCGGCAGAAUCAACACCAAAAAAUGUAUUUUAUACCAAAAAUCCUCCAACGCUGAUGAAAAGAGUAGAAAGUCCGGGAAUAAUUAAUCCUGUAAAGUCUUACCCAGCCUCAUCAAUACUAAAUGAACCGAGGUCACGAUCCUCUAAUACAUCUUUAACCUCUAGUCUCCGACAAACCACGCGAGCCCAGUCUCAGUUCUCACGCGGAUCAGCUGAUGCUGGAAAAUCCGGGAAAACGCUCCGGCGUACUCCCAGAGAAAAUGUGGGAAUAGGGUUAUCAGCUGAUCUUGAUAAACCUGCUGCUCUAUCUAGUUCUACAGCCUUGUCUCAGAAACAAGAUGUAUCUCCAUCUUCAAAGAGCUGUCAGUCUAGUUCAAUAAAUACUGAUGCUGGUGAUAAAAGUGCCAUAAGUGAACUAAACGAUCUGUUUGUAUCCGGCCUAGUUGAAAAAGCUUUAACUAUAUCUAGUCAAAAAUUACAAAACUCCGCGCAUUCCUUAGUUUCCAAAUCAAAAAAUCCGCGAGAAUCACUGUGUACAGUGUACAGAUCUCCAGUAAUCUCACCGACUGAAUCAUUGAAAUCUCCGAACAAAUCUCUUUCCAGUUCAAUCAAAUCUCCUCUUAUAUCCUGCAGCUUGACGAGAUCUGUAGACAAGUCUCCAGUUAAAUCGUCUGCUGCGUGUUCACCGUUGAAAUCUCUAAGUUGUACUGAGUACAAGGAGAAUCUUGAACUAGACCAGCGAGUAGGUCAACCUCAGCUGGUUCAUCAGCCCAGCUAUAGUUUGAACAGCAUAGAAAGUAUUAAGAGUGAUGAAACUUUUGCUGGCUCGACAGGAUUAUAUGACAGCAGUAUAGAACGGCAGGCAGCUGAUUGUGUGCAGAAAAUAUUAGAAGAAAGAAACAACUUGUCAGAAAGUGACAACGUACUUAGCGACCUUCCCUCUGUCGGCUGCACAAGCGACAUUCUUAUUGCCAGAAGUGACGUCGAUUACAUAAGCGACAGUGAUAAUGUAGCCGCCUGGAAAUGUGAGGCUGUCAGUGAUGUGUUUAUCGACUGUAGUUCUGAAAAUGUUGUUGAAAUUCAGGAUUUUGCUUUUAAUACAGAGAACUUCUUUUCAAGUGAGAAUACUUUUCAACCAAUAAUUCCUGGUUCAGCUUCAGCUCCAGAUACACUGGAGAGAGAAGAUCAGGAGAUCAGGAACUAUUUAUCUGUGAUAGAGGAGGCUACAGAGCAAUCCAGUUUAUCUUCACAAUCCAUAGACCCCCGUCCUAUUCCUUCACAAUCCAUAGACCCCUGUCCCAUUCCUUCACAAUCCAUAAAGUUACAAAAACUGGGAUCACAAUCCAUAAAACAGACUGAACACCAUCUGUCUCCACCAGGUUCCAAAUCCAAUCUAGUAACCGGAUCCCUUAAGUCCGGAUCCAUAAAGUCCGGAUCACAAAAGUCCCAACUGUUACCAAGUGAAUCAAGAACUAAGUCCAAGAAUCCAGUUCGUCAGUUUUCCACAACUUUAUCUCAAGAUUUCGACCUCGACUGUGCAGUUCCGAUAAUGAGACAAGAAAACUUUGACGAACAAACUGAACAAGAUGUUAAAGUGUUGCGUCCUGUUCAUGAACCUGAACCUGAUGUUCAUGCACGAGCUGAGAGAUCUGUUCAUGAAACUGAACCUGAUGUUCAUGAACGAGCUGAGAGAUCUGUUCAUAAACCUGAACCUUAUGUUCAUGAACGAGGUGGGAGAUCUGUUCAUAAACCAAGGAUCCUGAACUCUCCAAGGGAUGUAAACAAUCCCUCUAGACGGCAGAUGCAAAAGUUUGGAUCUUUGAUUGAAUCUCUUCCUUCUAGAUCAAACCCUUCAACUCCUAGGGAUUCAGACUCUGAGCGCUCUGAAAUAAAGCCCCGGUUUAUUCAGAACAAAUCUCGAGUUCAGUCCAACAAACGAUAUAUUCGAUCCUCUCCGCCCAGGGAGACAACUCAGAAACCGGUUCCGGGCAAAACCGGUUCUCCCGUGGAGAAAACUGGUUUGCACGAUGAUUCUUUCCUGUACAACACACCGAUACAGACUAGAACCGGUCUUACGCUUACACAGACCAACAAGGACAAGGGACGUAUGUACCGUAGUGCAAGUUCAGCCGAGAUUGAGAAAUCCGGGAAAGUUGGGACUUUAAACCGAAAAUCCGCCAAAUUGGACCGUUCUAAAUCAGUCAGCAGUUCAUCUAUUCAUCAAUCAAAAUCCUCUAGUAGUAAUUCCAUUCUCCAAACCAAAUCCGCCAGCAAUUCAUCCAUAUUUAAAUCAAGAAAACCGGAUUUCAGUCACGUGGAGUCGAAGGUCAAACAGUACAUCCAGACAGUAAGCCAGCAGGACGGGGGUAACCUUCAGACAAGGUUGGAGGAGAAGUUUCGUCCAAACUUUACAUUAUCUAACAAGUCUAAAAGUUGUGGAAACCUUUCUCCUUCAAAAUCAGUUGUAUGCCUGGUUGGAUCUAACCCCAAGAACUCCCUGACAUCCCUUACCUUGAAGUCCUACCCUAGCUGCUGUAACCUGGAGGACCGAGGUCAGAGGUCAAGGUCAGAACCCCCGGAGGACAACAAGCUAGGAUCCCAGUCCAAAUCCAACCCCAACCUCUCCCAGCAGCUGUGUGUGAGAACCAACCUCUCAAAGUCCGCCAUCUCCCUCGGGGUGCGGGACUUCGACACCAUCUUCGACCCUGAAGAUUCAGAUUACGAGACGAAGGCGAGGUAUUUCUCCAGGGAUGGGUUGGACGAAAUUGUUAUCGAACCUGAAGAUCUUCUUCAUAUGGUGUUCCAGGAGAGAAAGGGAAAACAGGAGGCAAAGAAGGUUCUGGACGAGUUAAAAUCAAAUUACGAAAAUCUUCUACAAAAGUUCGCCGCCGCCGAAAACGCUUUAGACGUGGUGCGCUUCGGCGGUCAACCACCGCCUGUCGAUGAAAGCCGAGAGCAGACAUUUCGGCUGGCCGACGAUUUUGCCGAUAGAAUCGGUCAGUUUAAGGUUGAAGAGUCGGAUUUAUCCUUGAUAGAGUCCAGAAAUAUGAAGAUUAGAACCUCCACAUCUCAAUCAGGUGAAGGCGGAGGAGAUAACACGCAGGUCAGCUUGAAUAUGACAGAGGUUCAAAGAACAGCGCUAGAAAUAUUAAACAAGGGUAUACAACUAGAGAUGGGAGUACGAAGUGGAGUACUAGUAGUACAUGAAGGACUACAAGGAGUACAAGAUCUUAGUUCUUCUUUAGACUUCAUUCUUCACAAUAAGUUGGAGGAUCUAGAAACUAGAGAUCUACUGCUGGAAGCUGCCAGAAAACUGGAUGAAAUUAAACUCUACCUCACACAUCAAUCCUUAAUCUUAAACCAAUCAAUCAAUCCAUCCUCCACUUCAAAUCAAUCAAAACAAGAAACUGAUCGAAACAGAAACUCUCAAUUCAGCGAUGAACAACAUAAAGAUGAUUCCACCAGAAUUAUUCAUACUGAGGAUGAACCAAAGACCUGUAAAGAGGAGAUCAUUGGCCCGUAUGGAGAUACAGAUCAAAGAGUUGAAGGCCUAAACCAGGCUCAUCAGGAUUACAGAAUUGAAGAAGAAACGAUUAAAAAUGGAUUCUCUAAAAAUAUAACAAAAGCUGACAAGAGUAGAUGUCCAGCUCCUUUGAUGGAAGUUAUAGAGAAGGUUGAGAGAUGGAGGAAGAAUAUUCCUGGUCCUAGUUACUAUAGUAGUCUUCCAUCUAGUCCUACUCCAUCCCAGGAUAUCCCUGGUGUAUCCAGUAGAGUGUGUCCCCCUGUAUCCAGUUCUCCCCUGGACCAUAUACAAUCUAGUCCUCUGGACCUGGACUCAGGAUGUCCGGGUAGUGAUAGGUCCACUCUGUGGACCUCUACCCUUCAACAUCGAGGACUCAGUCCCAAAUCUAAGGUUGGGUCUAGGGAGAAUGUAGGAACCCCCCUGUACAAUGUUGUCGAGGAGGAAGGAAUUUCAAAGCUCUCUGGGUCAGCUCAAACCACACACAGGUCUGCUGUAUGUUCGUUGUCUGAUGUAUCCCAUCAAAGUCCAACCUGGGACCAACUUAAUUCUCAAGGUCGUAAAAUCCCAUCAGAGCUCAGGACUGAAGUCAUCUUCCAACCCCAGCAACCAGCCAACCAGUCUGCAGAGAAACUUGGUUCUAAAAACCAAUCUGAACUAAUCUCUCCAAAUCGAAUUCUCAGUCUGGAUAACCGGUUUAUCUCCUCGGUUAUAAUUGAACGGGGCAUUAAACUGUCUCCACGUGCAGCUGAACAGGCGAAACAAUUAAAAUAUUCCGGUCUUUCUUCUAACUCCGAGCAAGGAUGGAAGCAGGGAGGGUUGAGUAAGGAAACCUAUUCAGGUUUUGAGAAAUCAUUGACUGUUAAGCAGACAAGUACCCCCAACCGGAAGUUGUGCAUGAAAAGAUCAACCGCCAUGUUUGAUUUGAAAUCCGCCAACAAUCCUGAUCUGAAUUCUCCCGAACCCGAGCUCUAUCUCACAGAUCUAACCACGGACGAGGCUGAUAAGGUUCUCGGACUCUCAGAGGACGAUCAAAGCGGAUUCGGGCUCUCGGAGGCUGAUCUGAACAUAGUUCCUCCAAACCAUCUCUCAGUACAGGAACAGUUUAGUCUUCUGCUCUCUACUCCGAAGAAGAAAACACCUAGUCAUAAGGCCAGGAUGGAUCCUGAGUAUCCGGAGAGGGGUGGAUACAAGAUUAGGACGGAUCCUGAGUAUCCAGAAGGGAGUGGAUAUAAGAACGUCCUGGCUGAGCAGAUUGAUAACGAGAUCUUAGAGUUGCGGAGUUUCUUCGACGAUCACAGAGAAGAGAUGAUGAGUAUGCUCCAAGGUCCACAGGAGCAGUACAGUAGAACCCAGAGGAGGGGCGGAGACAGGGAAGAGAGGAUUUCAAGCUCUGGGUCAAAUAUAAACACUAAAGAUCUAUACAGAAGUCUUCCCUACUCAACACGAUUCUCCGGUUUGGAGUCUAGAUCUAGUCCUGGAGCUAGACCUGGAGCUGGAGCUAGACAAUAUGAAUCCGACUCCGCUGCAGAAUUUCCUCAGGGUCUGGAUCGUACCUUGAUGCUACGACGGAUAGAGUUUGAGCGACGACGGAUGCGGAAAGAAUUAAAGAAACGAAAGCGUAACCAACAGAUGGAAGACCGUGGUGUGAAAACCGGUUAUCAGGAUACCCGGAUGGGAGCCGGAUAUCAAAACCCCCGGAUGGGAGUUGGAUAUCAACAACCCCAGAUGAGAGCCGGAUACCAGAAUGCGGGAAAACGAAGAAACAAUCAUGAAGUUGACAAUAGGAACACACUGUGGCCGUUUCAUGACUCCGAUCCUACCCAGUUCCAAGGCGAUAAUGAGUUCCAUGAUGAUUAUGUGUUCCAAGACGGGCAUGUGUUCCAAGAAAGUAUAACAAACUCGGAAAUGACUCAAAAAAGUAUAUCAGCGUUCUUUCCGCUUCAGAGACAUUCACAUAGGGUGGAUGGUUCUGGAGACGAUUCUUUUCCUUCUCUUCCUGAUCCUAACCUGGUUUAUCCGGGGGAUAUACAGGAGGACAAUCAGAGAAGGGAGGAGGAGAGGCUGGAGGUUGAUGAUGAGAGGCUGGAAGAUGAGGAGAAGAGGCUUGAGGAUGAAAAGAGGCUGGUGGACGAGGAGAAGAUGCUAGAGGAUGCUGGAGAGAGCUGGAAGCAUGAUGUUCCUGAGUUAGAUCUUGAGGAUAUCUGGAGUGAUGUAACAGGACCCAGGGAUAGUUUUGAUCUCUCCUCUCACUCCCUCUCAUACGCUGUCCGUCCUAACCAACCCUCCUGUCCUAGUCCUAUACCGGAGACAGGAGAACCUGAUUAUCACACAAGCUUCAACAUAGAUAUGAGGAACUCCACCCUGUCGGUGGAGUGUCGUAGCUCCAGGUCUGUGGGUUGUGACACCCUAGAUCUAGGCCCAGGGUCUAAUAUUCAAUACAGGACGGAAAUAGUUCAUCCUCCAGGUCGUUCCUUUCAGCAGUCAUCUUCUCAACCUAGUUUUAAUUCUCAUCAGAAUCCUCUAGAUCCUAUCCUGAGCUCUGUGGUAGGUCUGGACCCUACCCUGAGCUCCAACCCUGUUCCAGGUUUGCUUAGCUCCAGGUCCCAUGUAGUAGUGUUAAGUCCCCGGGAUCCUGGAGACCUAAGACGUACAGUAUCUGUUGCAGAUCUAGAGAAUACUAAAGAUUCGGCAUUGAAUUUAUCAAGGUUGAUGGGUUCCCAUAGUCCUGUCAUCAUAAUAAACCAAACCUGUGCACACAGAAAUCUAAGGGAAGAAGCACCAAAGAUGCGCGCCGAGGGGAGGAAAUCAAGUGAAGCACAACAAGCUGAAUCCAGUAGGAGAAGGAAACAGAAGAAGAAGGAUAUCAAUAAACAGAAUCUGAGUUCAGUGUUGAAAUCUCUUGAUGCUGCAGAUCAGCUUGCCCAGAGACUUAAGCUUAGAUCUGAACAUAUGCUUGAGAUCCUAGCUACUGAGAUAUCAAGCAUACAUGGAGAUAUAGAGAUCUGAACAUAUGCUUGAGAUACUAGCUACUGAGAUAUCAGACAAACAUAGAGAUAGAGAGAUCUGAACAUAUGCUUGAGAUCCUAGCUACUGAGAUAUCAGACAUACAUGGAGAUAGAGAGAUCUGAGCAUAUGCUUGAGAUACUAGCUACUGUGAUUCAAGCAUACAUGGAGAUAUAGAGAUCUGAGCAUAUGCUUGAGAUACUAGCUACUGUGAUUCAAGCAUACAUGGAGAUAGAGAGAUCUGAACAUAUGCUUGAGAUACUAGCUACUGAGAUAUCGGACAUACAUGGAGAUAGAGAAAUCUGAGCAUAUGCUUGAGAUCCUAGCUACUGAGAUAUCAGACAUACAUGGAGAUAGAGAGAUCUGAACAUAUGCUUGAGAUACUAGCCACUGAGAUAUCAAGCAUACAUGGAGAUAUAGAGAUCUGAACAUAUGCUUGAGAUACUAGUUACUGAGAUAUCAGACACAUGGAGAUAGAGAGAUCUGAGCAUAUGCUUGAGAUACUAGCUUCUGAGAUAUCAAGCAUACAUGGAGAUAGAGAGAUCUGAGCAUAUGCUUGAGAUACUAGCUACUGUGAUUCAAGCAUACAUGGAGAUAUAGAGAUCUGAGCAUAUGCUUGAGAUACUAGCUACUGUGAUUCAAGCAUACAUGGAGAUAGAGAGAUCUGAACAUAUGCUUGAGAUACUAGCUACUGAGAUAUCGGACAUACAUGGAGAUAGAGAAAUCUGAGCAUAUGCUUGAGAUCCUAGCUACUGAGAUAUCAGACAUACAUGGAGAUAGAGAGAUCUGAGCAUAUGCUUGAGAUACUAGCUACUGAGAUAUCAAGCCUACAUGGAGAUAUAGAGAUCUGAACAUAUGCUUGAGAUACUAGCUACUGAGAUAUCAGACAUACAUGGAGAUAGAGAGAUCUGAGCAUAUGCUUGAGAUACUAGCUACUGUGAUUCAAGCAUACAUGGAGAUAGCGAGAUCUGUGCAUAUGCUUGAGAUACUAGCCACUGAGAUAUCAGACAUACAUGGAGAUAUAGAGAUCUGAACAUAUGCUUGAGAUACUAGUUACUGAGAUAUCAGACACAUGGAGAUAGAGAGAUCUGAGCAUAUGCUUGAGAUACUAGCUUCUGAGAUAUCAAGCAUACAUGGAGAUAGAGAGAUCUGAGCAUAUGCUUGAGAUCCUAGCUACUGAGAUAUCAGACAUACAUGGAGAUAGAGAGAUCUGAGCAUAUGCUUGAGAUACUAGCCACUGAGAUAUCAGGCAUACAUGGAGAUAU